AGUGUGAGCCAUAUUUUCGUACAAGUGAUGCAAUAAAUAGGAAAAACUGACAAUCUAUGUUGAUGAUAUUUUGGAACAUUUAUUUAAAUACUAAUCAAUUUUAAGCUCUAUUUAAUGAUUUAAAAUAUGAAAAAACUUAAAUUAUAUUCGACAGUUGGGUGCCUACGAUACUUCUUUGCUCCUAAGCAACAUACAAAAUAUAAUAAAUGCCGCUACUUUUCUUACUAUCUAACAUAUAAAAGUGAAUGUAAACCGGCUUUAAAAUAUUUUACAAACAAAAAUUAUUUUUACUCAGAAAGGGAAAUUUGGUUUAAGAAAACUGCUGCCCUUGCAAUUCUGUAUACUUAUUGUGCGGAGAAAAUCCGGGAUGAUAGAAUUUUCUUAGCUGCUAAAACAGGAGAUGUCAAAGAAAUCAAAAGAUUAGUGGCAAAUGGCAUCAAUGUUGAUCAAAGACACUCAUAUGGUUGGACAGCUUUACAAGUUGCUGCAAUUAAUGGAAAAACUAAAGUUGUGGAGGAACUUCUUAAGUUAGGUGCUAACCCUGAUCUGGGGGAUGAUUUCUCCAAUGUCUAUCAAGUAGCAAAAGAAAAACGUGUUCAUUCUUUAGAAGUUUGGUCCACAAGAGAAGAAGAAUUCAGUCCAAGAUUGAGCUUAAGAGCUUCAUUUCGUAACUGUACUGCUUUGCAUUAUGCUGUUUUAAUGGAUGACUACAAUUUGGUUGAAGUUCUUUUGAAACAUGGAGCAAAUCCAUUUAAAACAAAUGAUCUUAACCAUAAACCUAUAGAUUAUACAAAUAAUGAAGAGAUGAGAGAAUUGUUACAAUCUUAUAUGAAAAAGUAUGAGCAAGUUAAGCGAGAAGUGGAUGCUGCAGAAAGAAGAAGAUUCCCUUUAGAACAGCGAAUAAAACAACAUAUUGUUGGUCAAGAGGGAGCUAUUACUAAUGUUUCAGCAGCUAUUAGAAGAAAGGAAAAUGGCUGGACUGAUGAAGAUCAUCCUUUAGUAUUUCUUUUUAUGGGAUCAUCGGGAAUAGGAAAAACAGAACUUGCAAAGCAGGUUGCUAAAUACUUACAUAAGGAAAAAAAAGAUGGUUUUAUUAGGCUGGAUAUGUCUGAAUAUCAAGAGAAACACGAAGUUGCUAAGUUGAUAGGUUCACCUCCUGGUUACGUUGGUCAUGAUGAAGGAGGUCAAUUGACAAAGCAGUUGAAAAAGUGUCCAAAUGCUGUUGUGCUGUUUGACGAAGUAGAUAAAGCCCACCCUGAUGUCUUGUCUGUUUUACUGCAACUAUUUGACGAGGGACGCUUGACUGAUGGUAAAGGAAAAACGAUUGAAUGCAAGGAUGCUAUCUUUAUUAUGACUUCAAAUUUAGCAAGCAAUGAAAUUGCUAGGCAUGGGAUUCACUUGAGGGCCGAAGCAGCAGAAAUUGCAAAACAAAGAUACGGUGAUCAUGAAGGUAAUACUGACAUGAUUGAAAAAGUCACUAUAUCUAAAGAAUUUAAAGAAAAUAUUGUCUAUCCCAUUUUAAAGAGGCAUUUCAAAAGAGAUGAGUUCUUAGGAAGAAUCAAUGAAAUAGUUUAUUUCCUACCUUUCUCUAAGUCAGAAUUGUUAAAAUUAGUUCAAAAGGAAUUGGAACAUUGGACAGAAAGUGCUAAGAAAAGACAUGGAAUAGAUUUGUCAUGGGAUGAAAUGUUACUUGAAACCUUAUGUGAAGGCUAUGAUAUUCACUAUGGUGCUCGUUCCAUAAAGCAUGAGGUGGAGCGACGAGUAAUAAAUCCUUUAGCAGAAGCAUAUGAGAAGCAACUGAUAAAGAAAGGUAGUUCUGUUCAUAUAUCUGUUGAAGUAAAUGAUGCUUCCCUAGAUAAUAAAGAACCAAACAAAGUUGCUUAUAAGAUUAGUUUACAAUUCAAGUCAAAAGACCAGUCACUUAAUGAAGACUUGUUAAGUACUAAUUACUCAUGAAACUAGAUUCCAUAUUGUAUCAUAUAAUUUAUUUUGUACAGAAAGUAUGUUUUAAAUAAUAAAAGAAAAAUGUUAAAUAA